AUGACAGAAAUCGACAGAAGCGCAGCCAUGACGAAGCCAACAGCUGCGGCCAUAUCCAACCUGGCUUGGGCACUAAUACCAAAACUUCAGGACGGUAGCGGCCCCACGAAAUCAGUCUUCUUCUCCCCGCUCUCCAUUGUCGUGGCGCUCGGCAUGCUCACUGGAGCUGCUGAUGCAGAGACAAAACGAAUUCUGCUUAGCAAGCUCGGCGUGGAAAAUGACAAAGAUCUCCAAGACAUCAGCGGCCUGGCCACUACCGAGGGCUCGUCUAGCUCAUCCAGCCUGUCCGUCGCCAACGCCAUCUUCGCAGAUCAGACCAUCACCCUCUUUGACGCGUACAAGGCCUUUCUCGCGGGUUUCCAUGCCGACUUUGUCCAGUAUCCCAACCUGGCGGAGGAGGUCGAGAAGAUCAACUCCUGGAUAUCAGAUCACACGCAUGGCUUGAUACAGAACAUGCUUAGCCAGGCGGCGCUGAGACAAUCUCACGUGGUCAUCGUGAACGCCUUGGCCUUCAAGGGAUCGUGGGAGACUGAAUUCGACGAGAAGUACACACGCUCGGUGCCUUUCCACCUCAACGACAAAGAGCAGAGGUUUGUCCGCAUGAUGUAUCUGCAACAGAGGAUGAUAUGGUGCCGAUCAACCUCGAGCUAUGACGCGGUGCGGCUCCCUUACGGAACACCUGGGGCGUCUAGCAACCAGACCUCCAUGGUGGCGUAUCUCCCCAAGAUCGGAUCCUCGAUUGGUCAAGUCAUCCAGGUCAUACAAAAGGAGGGAGUGAAGCCUCUAGACGAGGUGUUUUCGAAAACGAAAUAUCAUCAGUUUGGUUUCCCACGAUUCGAAAUCACGGGCGAGUACUCCCUCAAAGCCUCGUUGAGGGAGCUCGGCUUCCCUGUGGACAAGAACUUUCCGAACAUGGGUACUGGCGACUCUCUUGUCCAAGAAGUGGUUCACAAGGCCUUUAUUCAAGUCGACGAGAAGGGAACAACGGCUGCAGCCGCUACAGCUGUGUUGAUGACGAGGAGCCGCCCCGUCGAUCCACGGAUCUUGGUCUUUGAUAGGCCUUUUAUCUUUUCAAUCAUGUUGAAUGAUUCAGGGGCGAGUGUGUUCUCUGGUCUUUAUUACGGCGACUGA